GACACCUACUAAGCCUCCACUGAGACCCACUGAAAAUAAAUCUCACGGUCGCCUUCGUUUCUCGGAGGAGACAGGGCCUCCUCUCCCAGUAUAAAUAGGUUGCACUACUUGUUGUUGCUCUCCUCCGACUGGCACCUCUUGCUCUUGGGGUUAACGAAGAAGAGGAAGAAAAAUGGCAGCUCAGAAGAGGGUUCUUUUAUUCUGCGGAGACUAUGCAGAAGACUACGAGGAAUUGAUUUAUGGGAGGGUUCACAGGUGAUGGUGCCGUUCCAAGCGCUGCAAGCGUAUGGAAUCGCUGUGGAUGCCGUUUGCCCCGGAAAGAAAGCCGGCGAGAUUUGCCGCACCGCCGUUCCUCAGGGUACCGGCCAUCAGACAUAUUCGGAAUCAAAAGGUCACAACUUCACGCUUAAUGCAACAUUCGAUGAGAUCGAUGUGAGCAAAUAUGAUGGGUUGGUAGUACCAGGAGGCCGGGCGCCGGAGUAUCUUGCGAUGAAUGAAUCGGUUUUGGAUGUUGUAUCGAAGUUUUCUGACGCAGGAAAAGCAAUUGCUUCGAUUUGCCACGGACAGCUGAUUUUGGCGGCUGCGGGAUUGGUGAAAGGCCGGAAGUGCACAGCUUAUACCCCUGUAAAGCCAGUUCUCGUUGCUGCCGGCGGUGGCUGGGUGGAGCCGGAGACGAUGGCGGCAUGCGUCGCUGAUGGUAAACUUAUAACAGGAGCAACAUAUGAAGGCCAUCCUGAAUUUAUCCGCCUUUUUGUCAAAGCAUUGGGAGGCACCAUAACAGGCGCAGAUAAAAAGAUUUUGUUCCUCUGUGGG